AUGCCAGCCGCCCAACCUCUGAAAGUAACCCCGGCUUCAACGCCGGCUCGCCAAGGCUCUUCAUCCACUACAUCGUCACUUGCCGAUCGUACACCCACCGUCACCCCUGCCACGACCGGGAAACAAGCUAACGGUGCCCCGGCAGCAGCACCGGUCGACAUAUCUAGCCCACAUGAAUUGACCGCAUACGUUGAAAGCUUGCUUGAGCAACUGGACACAAAGUUCGAUGAAAUGUCCUCUCAGUUGCUCGAACGCAUGACUCAAAUGUCAUCACGCGUGGAUUCCCUAGAAGCGUCUAUACAAGAUAUCAUCAAUACGGACGUCGGUACUCCUGCUCCUAGCGUGCCCCAGUCACCAGCACCCAACGGAAUGCCCAAUAUGAGACGGACAGGCAGUGGGCUUUCUUCGUGA